AUCUUCUUUAUUUACGCCUUGAGCAUAGUUAAAUAUUCCAGAAGCAAACCCUUCCCUACCAUCCCACACGGCCAUUCAAUUUUAUUCAAUUGCCGCGAUGGUCAACUCUUGGGCAGCUCUGCGCAGGCGUCAAAGUUCCUUCAGCACGGAUAAAAACAAGGCGGAUAUCUGGUAGAGCCACAGUUCCCAAGAUGAGGUCGGCCCAGUGGUUUGUACUUCUCUGUUGCUCUUUCUGGUUCUUGGGCGGCGAAUGCAGUUUGGCGGGCAAGGAUGCCUGGCUGCGCCCCGGCUGCCACAAAGUGGGCAACACGCGCAAGAUUUCUAUCCCUGAUUGUGUGGAGUUCACCAUAACAACCAAUGCCUGUCGGGGAUUUUGUGAAUCAUAUUCUGUGCCGUCGAUUCCUUGGGCAGGGGCCUCGCUUACUGGACUGUUCAAGCCACCGAAGCCGGUGGUAAGUGUCGGCCAAUGUUGCAACAUGAUGAAAUCCGAGGAGAUACAACGUCGCGUACUGUGCAUUGAGGGCAUUCGAAAUGUCACCUUUAAAAGUGCCGUGUCCUGCAGCUGUUAUCAUUGCAAAAAGGACUAGAGCCAAAUUUUCAAACAGCAUUGAGCUAAGUGUAUGCCUGAGCCACUUGAUUGAUUUUGUUUAGCAAUAUGUAUACAUAAACUAUCCUGUAAUUGUUAUUUCCUCGA